UGCAUGCAGGGCGUGAUGACGAUGUAAACAUCCCCAAUCUUGUCUGCGGAUUGGCAGAUGCCUCAGAGGCAGAGGGCAAGGACUUUCGGUAUCACAUAUUCGUCAAUGAAUCAUCGCAGCAGUUCCGUUUUACAACGUCUCGAAUACAACCCCUUCUCACAACUUUCGCUUAGAGUGGGUGUCCCCCAGAAAAAGCAAAACCUAGAACCGCACAACUUUCUUGUCAACGCAUAAGAAAAGUUCGCGAGCCCAACUACUUUUGAUUCUUCAUUCCAUUUAUUUCGAGUUUUUAGAAGGGCCCGUACCCCGCGAUCCCUUUCCUAAAAACUUCAACCACUCACUUUCGUUCCGACAAAAAAAAAACAUUUUUUCGCAAGCGCAAAUUUCGUAGUGCUUUUUUUACCAACGUAGAAAGGAAAUAACCCAUUCCUGAUUUGUAAGUACUCACCUUCAACGACCACAUAAGUACAAUCACGCUAAAAAGAAACUAAAACAGCUCAACAAAACGCGCUUUAUCAAACAAGUUUUCAGAGACUUUUGACGUUCGUUCAUCGUACGGUAGUACAACGCGACGAAAAACGCGCUAUCCUUCUCGUCGUUUCUGCUCUCCCACAAGCGUAAAAGACCAGAAGACCGAAUUGCUCGGUGCUGGCACGGGAAGUGGAACAGGACCUCCGUUUGCUAAUCUGCUGGCGGCCAGGGAUUGAGCCGUCAACCGAUUGCAACCAUCCCGCCACCAAAAGAUCGUGACGUUCGCCACAAAGAGAACUACGUGGCGCACGGUGAAAAGAAAAACUGCCUGAAGAGAGUGAUCAUGUCGAUGAUGCACUCGCAGCCUAUCCCGGAGGGGGUGAGCAGCUUCGCCGCGGAAGUAUGGCAGGCACUGGGUGACGCGGAAAAGACGAAGCGACUCAUAAUCAAGUACCAGGUGGAAGUCAGGCUUUACUUGGCAGUGCUCUUGGCUAUGUACUUGGCCUACCAUUUGCUCUCCGAUGGCGACUUCUCCUUUCUGCUUACGCUCGGCAGCAUGGUAACGAACUUUUUUUGUAAAUUGUAGGAAAUGCAAAUUUAUUGCGGGCGGGCCAAGCUCUGUAAAGAUCUGCAUCCGGCGCUGUUGUUAACAUUCCCUGGUUGUGCGAAAAACGUCUACCGGUAGGAUAAUGAUGAUUGAAUGGACGAUUUCUUUCAUUCUUUCCAUGCCCGGGCAUGGCGUCAAAAAAUUCAAGGCCCUACAAGAUCCAGCGCAAUCUGAUUUCCUCCUCACCAAUGAUCAUUUCUCUUUGCAUCAUUUCUCCUCACCAAUGGACGAUUGCAUCUGCAUGAUCGAUGAUUUAUGCAUCAGAAUCUUCAGCUGGGUGCAUGCUCCGAAUCUGAAAUAAAGACAAAGCAAAAACUCGAACAGAUCUCCAUGUGCUCCUUUUCCAUGGUCGCUGCGUGGAUUGAGACGCACAAGAGCUGCCAGGGUAUCAGUGUGAAAAUGUUGGAAGUCUACCUCCUCGUGCAAUUCGGCCGGCUCGUCGCUAUUGUCCCCUUCGAGGGCUACCUGCCUUUCGACGCCAGUGGAGAUUGGUUGUAAGAUUCCUUUUGACUACUUUCGCUGGUUUUUCUUAUUCCUGUUUACUCGUGAACGACGAACAUCAGAAAUCAAUUUGCAAUUUUUACCAUGGGUGUAUAUUUCAUAUGGGUGAAUAUUUCCUAUGUGAUGUUCGCAAAAUACCUAAAACAGCUAUCAACUUGUGGAGGCCUUGACAUUUGUACUCGCUGGGACCAUAGUAUACCUCUGCCGGGUGCGGUAUCCGACGACCUACAUAGACGAGCACGAUGUUUUCGACACCAGGUAUAGGCUAUCUAGUGUGGUACAGAAAGCAGAUUUUCUAUAUGAAGAUGAAAUUCAAAUUUUCAUUUUUCAAAGCCACGGACACAGCACAAAAGUAUCGAACCCAACAACCUGCAUCUAUCGAGUGCACCAUGCAGCGAGCUACCAACGCAUGAUCCCCGAAAAAAUGAUCAAAAAAAACUAGGUACAUCGUUUUCCCCUGCUUCGCGGUUGCGCUCGUAUGGCACCCAAGUCUCAACGCCUUCAUGCCCUCCGACAUCAUGUGGGCUUACGCGCUUUACCUGGAGGCCCUCGCUUCGUUGCCACAACUUUUCAUGUUCCAGCGGGAAGGGCAGGUAUCACUUUUGCGAUUUUAUAUCUUUCCGUCAAUGCAGUGCAGCAAGUCUGUUUUCGAAAGAGCGCAGAUGCUGCUUUGCAAUACUUGCAGGCUCUCAGUCCGUAUGCACCAAAAUGCGUAAAUGUAAAAAGGGUUGCACUCAUGAAAAUAAACAGGUACACCAAUGGACCGCGCACUUUCUUUUCGCGCAAGCGUGCGCGAAGGUGGCAAACUUCAUUUUCUGGGUAAGUAGUUUCGGCGAGCUCCACGAUCCGACUCACUACAUCCGCAGCUACAUAGGAUACUGGGUGCUCGCCGUGCAAGGCUUCCAGCUUCUCAUCAUGGGCGACUUCGUUUUGCAGUACUAAAAUAUUCCACUUACUUGUGUUUUUGACUUCAAUUGUUCUUGCGUUCCCUCUUUGGAUGAUUCAAAUUGCUGCAUACUUGGCCACACUGACGCCGACGUCCUACUUGUUCGGAAAUCUUCAUAGAAGAUUUGCAAAUAAUGCUGAUUAAUUUUCACCCAAAACUUCGCAUCCAGGUACACAAAGUGCAUCGGGAAGGGGGUUUCCGUCAGCAUGCUGCUCAGCGACUCGGUGUAA